AUGCAUUUUCAAUCGACUAUUAUUCUCUCUUCUUUGGUGGCAGCCGCGAGUGCUGUUUCGACAUGCGCAUCCGGGGCCCCAUCGGUAUCCAGCCGAGACAACUACUGGUUCUCUCGGCAGUCGAACGGAAUUCAUGUUGCAACGUGGCCACAAGGAUAUGCCAACUAUGCAGCGCCUUCUCUCAACUCUAAGCAAGGCGUACUGCAGAUUGUCAACCAAAGUCAGACACGAAAGAGCAUUUGCCUGAUGAAGGGUGAUGUUGGGUUUACUUGCUACUGGCUGAACGCUGGAGAUACUUGCAAAACCAACAUUCAGGUAUCACCUGAGUGGUCUGUCAAGGUAGUUGGCGACGUUUAA